UCUCUCUAUAUAUAUAGAGAGAUAUAUAUUAAGAGUAUAUAAUAUAGUAAUUAUAUGUACAUUUAAAAUUGCCCUAAACAUGAUCCUAAACUAAAUCAAACCAACCACCCAGCACCGCCACCCAAAAUGAAAGGGCAACCCAAACACCAAGUCCACACCCCCACCCCCCACCCCACCCGGUGCGGACGGUGGGUGGGUGGUGACUGCUCAGCUCUUUGUGGGCUAAAAGUCAGAUAUGUGGACCUUUCCCAAGUGGGUGCGCAGCUUUACCGGCCGCGCACGAUAGCCUUCCUCCCUUAGCGGUGGCCCAUUCUCCAAAUCAGCCGCACACCACUCCUCCCCACGCCCCCAAUAAACCUAUUUUUUUUAUGUCAACCCUCUUCCUCCUCCUCCACCACCACCGCCACUUUUUCUCUCCGUGUCUCCUCCUUCCUUAUCUAACCUGCGCCUGAUCUCUUCUUUCUUCACCCCACCCACCAUGGCUGCUCCUUCUUCACUAUCUACCCAAGAUCCACCCGGCCCCCCGCCGCCCUCCUCCUCCUCCUCCCGCCGCCUUCCACCGCCGUGCUGGUCCCACGACGAAACGGUGGCUCUGAUCGACUCCUACCGCGAUAAGUGGUACUCUCUCCGUCGAGGCAACCUCAGGGCAAACCACUGGCAAGAGGUCGCCGAAUCCGUUGCCGCCCGCUGCCCGCUCUCUUCCGGAAACCCACAGAAGACCUCCGUCCAGUGCCGUCACAAGAUGGAGAAACUCCGGAAACGGUACCGUUCUGAGGUGCAGCGAGCCUCCUCGGUUCCCAACGGCCACAGAUACUCCUCCUCUUGGGUCCAUUUCAAGAGGAUGGAGUCCAUGGAGAAGGGCACUUCCUCGGCGAUCGAUUCGGUCACCGUGGAUCACGGUGCCGAGAGCGAAGACGAUGAUGAUGAGAAGGAAUAUCAGGGUUUGUAUCAAAACGAUGUCAAACAUGGUGUGCCUUUGAAUCGGAGCAAUUAUGGGUCGGUGAGUAAUGGGAUCGGUGGUGGCGGAAGUGGAUUUCGGAUUAGAAUUCCCGGCAGAUCAGGUAUGGUACCGACCGGUACGAAGAUCUAUAGAAAUUUUGAUGAAAACCCUAACCCGAUCCCUAAUUUUGUCUCUACUAGGGUUUUGAGAGAUGGGUAUUCGGAGAGAUUGGGAUCAGGGAAGAAAGAAGGUGGUAGUGGUGAUGGGUUGGGGAAGAAGAGGGCGGGUGAUCCGGUAUCGGAGAUGGUGUCGGCGAUUAAGGCAUUGGGAGAUGGAUUUGUGAGGAUGGAGAGGAUGAAGAUGGAAAUGGCGAGGGAGGUUGAGACGAUGAGGAUGGAAAUGGAGCUGAAGCGCACUGAAAUGAUUCUUGAGUCCCAGCAGAGGGUAGUGGAAGCCUUUGCAAAGGCUUUUUCGGAGAAGAAGAAGAAGGCAAAAAGAGUUCCAACAGCCGAGGACUAAGUAAUGUCACCAUUGGAUCACAGAUUUCUUGAUUGAAGGAUUCAAAGUUUGCAUUUUUAGUGAGUGAUUCACAAUGGAUAAUUAGGAAUUUCUCUGAUAUCCACAAAUUGAUGAAUCUGGCACUAUAGGGUUACGGAUUUAGACCGCACAACUGAGAUAUGUAAGUUUAGUAGUUGAAUUUCCUUUUUUGAGUUAUAUUGCAUGCCAUGUUCUAUUAUUUUUUGAGUAAUGGAAAAUUUGGAACUUGAUCACUUGUAGUUUCGAUAAUAGAUCAAUGUAGCUUUGUUUCCAAAUUGCACAAGUAGACAAAAAUAACAAUCUCAUCUUUUCAUUC